GGUAUUUCCUGAGCUAACUACAUUCGCUUAGGCUCUGACAGAUAACCUCAACCCACCUUAACACGUUUUAGGAUAACAUUACAAAACUGGGCAGAAUGCCUUUCGGAACAUAUACAGUUUGUUGAUGUAGAUCGUUGUUUAUGUCAGUCAACAGGUGCCUAAGAAAACCUAGCUACUGGUUGCUAAAUUAUCCUAGCUAACGUUAGCUAAUAGCUAACUUACACCGCGAGCUAUUUAGCAUCAGCCAGCUUUCUAACGGUGGCUAAACAGAUAACGUUACGCUUACUAACUGGUUGUAUUUGAGUGACAGCCUGUUAUUCCGGACAACCAAACUGAAAAAGAAGAGAGGGGAUGGUGCAGCCCCAGCCUGAUGGCCCAAUGCAGUGGGACAUGUCCGGAGAAGAGAGUGGAGGGACCCUCAGGGUCCCACCUGAGCUGGCUGCCAAUGAAGUGGUGACCAGGUUGCUGGGUGACAACCAGCAGCUUAGAGAGGCCUUGCGGCGGAGCAAUCUUGCAUUACGACAACGCUGUGAGGAGAUGGAGGGAUGGCAGCAGAGGACAAGAGAGGAACGAGAAUUUCUCAGCUGUCGUUUCCAGGAGGCCAGGGCCCUGGUGGAGAGGCUAGCCCAGGAAAACCACUCAUUACAGGGCUUGGUGAAUGGACCAGCCUCCACUGCUAACAACUGCUGCAGCUCCAGCCAGACUGAGGACCUGCAGGGGCGCCCGGCAAGGAACAGACCACUGGAGGGACCACAGACACUAGAUCAGCGGGAGAAGAAAAGAGUUGAAGAGACGGAUCAACACACACAGACCACGCCACCUCGCAGCCUGGGUGAUGCGAGUGUGCAUAGCUCCUUGAGUAGCGCCCUCCCCUCUCCCCCCACCUCACUUUCAGAGGCAUGGGGGGAGAUAAUGGGCAGGGAAAAUGGCCAGCCUGUGGAAGGUGCAAACGAGUUCCUCCAGCUGCUGAAGAGCCACAAAGAAAAACUGGAGGAAGGGAUGAGAGACCUGAGGAGGAAGAAUGAGGAGCUGGAGAGCCAGAGGGACGAGGGAGAGAAGGAGAGGGAGCGAAUGCGGCGUUGCAUUGAUCAGCUGCGAGCCAAACUGGUCCAGGCACAGGCAGGCAGUGCUACUGAGGAGGCUGUUCAACAUCGCUCUGAGGCGCAGCACUCCUCUGACUGCUCUAGCCUGGCUAAACUCACAGAGCAGCUUCAGGCCACACAGGGCAGGUAUCGUGAGUUGGAGGAGAAGCUUGAUUAUCUGCAGAAGAGUUCAGCUCAGCGGGACAGAACUGAAGCUCUGCUCAAACAGAAGGACAAGGACUGUGCCCAGCUGGCCAAGGACUGUGAGGCUCUGAAAGCUCAAGCAACGUCCCUAUUAGGAGAACUGAAUGAGAGGCAGAGCUGCCUGGAGAAGAGCGAGCAUGAACGCAAAAUGUUGGAUGACAAGCUAAGCAAUAAGGUGAAGGCCCUGCAGGUGGCAGAGCGGGAGCUGGAGCAGCAGAGGAAGCAGCAUCAUGUGGCCAUGGACAAGCUGCUGCUGCAGACCCAAAGCCUGGAACAGGCCCUAAAGACGGAGAGACACGUCGUCACAGAGGAGAAGAAAAAACUGACACAAUUGCAGCAUGCCUACACAUGUCUGUUUAGAGACUAUGAUUCCAAACUGAAGAGUGAGGGAGGAGAUCUGUGUAGCCGACUAGAGGAGGCAGAGCGAGCGCUGGCCCUGAAGCAGGAUCUGAUUGAUAAACUGAAGGAGGAGGUGGAGCAACAGAAAGGCUCCCUGGAGACUGUUCCGGUCCUCACUGCACAAGCAGAGAUUUACAAGGCAGAUUUCCUAGCAGAGCGAGAAGCGAGAGAGAAGCUGAACCAGAAGAAGGAGGAGCUGCAGGAUCAGCUGACUCAGGCCCUGGCUGAGAUUGACAGGCUUAAGCAGGAGGCCACAGCACGAUUACGUAUGGAGCAGAUGAAGCUGCGACACGUGGACGACUUUACAACACGGGCCCCACGCAUCCCACCCCCACAAGCUUUCAACACAGUGCCCCCUGCCCCCUCAUUCCGCAAUCAGGGUCUGGUACCAGUCGGUGAUCAAGGGGCAGCCGGAGCUGAGGAGCUCCCAGAUUUAUGUUGUCCUAAGUGCCAGUACCAGGCUCCAGAUAUGGACACGCUGCAGAUACAUGUCAUGGACUGUAUACAGUAACCUGGGCAUAGCUCAGCACACCAUGACACCAACACUUAUAUAUACAGUAUAUUUACAUUUUUGACGUUCCUUGUGUCUCCUACCAGCUCUGGGCACAGCCUGGAAAAACAUGUUUGGUAGUUGCACCUUAAUAUUUCUGUCAUGUACACACACAUACAGAAACCUGGAUACAUACUGUGGAUCUUUUAAUUUUAAAAACUGAAUGUUAGAAUCAAGUGGCAAUCGGAUGGCAGUAUGAACAACUGAAAGAAAAGAAUGACAGCAAGAUAAUCAGCAUGGUAUUUUCCUCAAAGUGCUCCAUAGAUUGUAGCUUUUCCAUUCUGCAACUCAUCCUUUUUCAUCAUUCUUUUUUCUCCCAGCACCUCCUCUUGUAUGCCCACUCUUGCCCCUCCCCAUGAUGGCACACUGAUGCAAAUUUCCAUCAGUAUUUGUAUAUGAUCCCUGAUACCCUCCUUACUCUAGUGGCAUAGUGGGAACUGAGGAGGUAACUACAUACUGUGGAAUAAGUGUGUAUACUUUGACUACAUCAUCCAUGUUAUACACAUCAAUAAUCAUUGGGCAUAAGGUGAAAAAGUGACAGUUGAGAGGAGUACUUUUUCCCUCAAAGGAGGAAACCACAUGACAAUGUACCCUAGUGAGCUUUAAAUAAUAUAGAGUAUUCAAAUAUGUUUUGGUCAUAAAUGUUGCUGUCUGCAUUACCUCAAAACAUGUAUUACUAUGUAUUAGAGAUGGAUUUACUCUUAUUGAAAAAAGUAGCCAUUCUCUGUGUUCUGUGCCUGUGUACACCUUUAACUGCACCACUGCUUUAUCGCUGAUGCUAGACCUGACCCUUUACCCAACAUAGCUCUAUUUGUGCCCCUUAUUCUGUCUCAUCUUUACCUGUGGCACCUGACUAUCUAUUGGAAGGUAAGCACACUGAGGGUUCCUUCACAAUUUGUGUGAAUAUUGUCUGUAAUUAUACAUAAUUUGGUGCAAAGAAUAUUGUUUCAAAGUGUUGAAGAUUUACAAAAUAAAUCAGUUAUUCAUUAGUC